GGAGCAACCAGGCAUGGCCAGCCCGGCCGCAAUUGACGGUGUCGCAGCGUCGGCGCUCCGCUCGGUGCUGCAGCGCGUCCAGCAGGCAGCCGAAAAAUCAGCGCGUAAAGCCCAGGACAUCCGAGUGGUGGCGGUGAGCAAGACGAAACCAGUCUCCCUUCUCCGCCAAGUGUACGACGCCGGCCAUCGCUGUUUCGGCGAAAACUACGUCCAAGAAAUCGUCGAGAAAGCUCCUCAGCUUCCGGAGGACAUUGAGUGGCAUUUCAUUGGGAAUUUGCAGAGCAAUAAAGUAAAACCCCUUCUAACUGGAGUACCAAACCUUGUAACGGUAGAGAGUGUGGACGAUGAGAAGAUUGCUAAUCGUCUUGAUCACGUGGUUGGUAGCAUCGGGAGAAAGCCUUUGAAGGUCUUACUCCAAGUGAACACCAGUGGAGAAGAAUCAAAAUUUGGUGUUGAGCCCUCUGGAUGUGUGGAGCUCGCAAAGCAUGUAACUUCGGGUUGUCCAAACCUUGAGUUUUGUGGUCUAAUGACAAUUGGGAUGCUAGAUUAUACUUCUACACCGGAAAACUUUAAGACUUUGGCGAACUGCAGAACUGAGGUUUGCAAGGCACUCAGAAUAUCAGAGGAGCAAUGUGAGCUUUCAAUGGGCAUGUCUUCGGAUUUUGAGCUAGCUAUCGAAAUGGGCAGCACAAACGUGAGAAUUGGAUCGACAAUAUUUGGGCCGAGAGAAUAUCCAAAGAAACAAUGAAAUUAGCUGGACUAAUUUGAUUCAUGUUCUUGUAAUUUUGUGCUAUGAUUUUGGAAAAUUGUAGUGAGAGUUCAAUGCCAUUUGAAGGCUGGACAUGCAAAACUCUGUUUCUUUAGAACUUGUUUAUGAUCAGAAACGUUCAUAUUAUAAAUUCUGUUGUAUACCGACGUUCUUUCUGAAUUUGGUGGAAAAUGGCAAUGAAUCUGUUCGCGUUGUUCUA